CCUUUAUAUUGGAGUGUUUUAACCACCGGCCGGUCGCUGCUGUGGCGGCCAACAACUCUCUCUCUUUAAUGAGUCUUUAUCCUGACAAAACUGGAGGUUUUUAUUAUUAUUUUUGAUAAUCAGGUGGGAACGGACAGCAGGUGAAUAUGGGAGGUAACGGCAGCACGUCUAGGAAAGUGUCUUUCGGACUGGACGAGAACGAGAAGGUCACAGUGAUAGAAGGAGUCAAGCUCUCAGAGGAUGUGCUCCGGCGGAUGAGGGACUCUCAUGAGUCUGACAGCACCAAGCCUCCACCGUCUCCGCCAGACGGUCACAAACCACCACCGAGUCCAAAACCAGCAGGACCCUCCACUACAGAAAUACAGGAAGAAAUCCGCAAAAACUUUGAGCGUCAACAGGCCAUGGUGCAGGAGCAGUUGGCCAGACUGGCACAGAAGGAGAGAGAGACAGGAGCAACCACAGGCCUGGAUCAGCUGACCCCUGCCCUCAUCAUCGAGAAAGGAAAGGCCCACGAAGAGCGAGAAAAGGCCAAGAUACUGCCAGCAGAUUUGGAUGCCUGGGCCAAACAACUGGGGAAUAAAGAGAAGGAACUGGCCAGCAUAUCCAGCUUCUAUAAAGAGCAACUAGAAAUACUGGAGAAAAAGAACCUCGACAACUACAAGCAGACGGCAGAACAGUACAACGAGGCAGCUACUAAAGCUGAGGCCCACAUCCGACCUCUACAGACUGCGUCUGUGUGCACUGAGCUGCAGGCCAAGGUGCUCCAGUGCUACAGAGAAAACCCACAUCAGACCCUGCACUGCUCCAGCCUGGCCAGACAGUACAUGACCUGUGUGCAGCAAGCCAAGAAGGUAGGCGAGGGCUACAAACUAGCUCGCUGACGAAUCACGGCUGAGAAACCCCAAAGAAAGCAGGAGCAGGAGGAGAAGAAGAAGCCAAGAAGGAGAGAGCAUAUCAAAUCCGUCCAUUUCUCGCCUCCCUCUAUCCAUCCGUCCAUUUAUUUAUCCACCAUCACUGAAUAACCCCCCUCCUCUUUCCCACUCACCGUCCUUCUUGGUUUUUGAGUGUAUUAUCUUGACAUGUCACUCCAGAGUGUAUGAUGUGUUGAUUUAUUGUCAUGUUGCGGCGGCACACCCCUGCCGUCGCUGAAAUAAAUCCCAGUGAUCCGCUGGUGAUGAGACUGCA